CCGGUUAUUAACACGUGUGUCUUAUCGGAUUUAGGACUGCACAUAGUGUGAGGAUCAAAUGAAUCUGUAAGCACACAGCAGAAGGAUGGAUACCUCCGACAUGAAUGAACCUUUUGAGGGAGCUACCGGGGGUAAGGCCAGCAACUCUGACUACUUUACAAGUUAUGGUGACCUGAGUGUACAUGAACUGAUGCUUAAGGACAAGCCUCGUACAUUGGCAUAUAAAGGCUUCAUUGAAAAAAACUCCCAUCUGUUUAGAGACAAAACUGUGUUGGAUAUUGGUGCGGGCACCGGCAUUCUCUCUCUCUUUGCAGCCUCAGCAGGUGCUAGGAUAGUUUAUGCAGUGGAGGCAAGCGAAAUGGCUAGCGCCUGUCAGAAAAUUGUGGAAAAAAAUAACUUAACAGAGAGAGUGGUGGUCAUUCAUGGGCGAGUGGAAAAUGUGGACCUACCUGUCGAUAAAGUAGAUGUAAUUAUCUCUGAGUGGAUGGGAUUUUAUCUUUUUCAUGAGUCCAUGUUGGACUCGGUGAUUGUGGCAAGAGAUCGAUGGCUUGCACCUGGCGGCCUAAUGUUGCCAUCAGUGGCCACUUUGUAUUUAAUGCCUGUUGCUAUGGAUGACUAUGUCUGGGAUCAUUUCCAGUUCUGGGAUAAUGUUUACGGAUAUGACUUAUCUGCACUGAAGUCCACAGCUAUGACAAAUGCUAUUCAACAACCUGUAAUCACAAUGGUGUCUACAGAUGAACAGCUUGCUGAGCCACAAACAGUGGUAGAUCUGAAUUUAUAUGAAUCUUCACAGGAUGAUAUUGAACAGAUAUAUGCCAAACUCAGCUUUGUAAUUUUAAUGAAUGGCACUGUGCAUGGAUUUGCUGCCUGGUUUGAUGUGGAUUUCCAAGGUCCUUUGGGAACAUCUCCAAAGGACAGUUGUACAUCUGUAACACUUUCCACGGCUCCUGGCUCAGCUCCAACUCAUUGGAAACAAACCGUGUUCUUUUUGCCAUCUUCAUUUUCAGUACAAGAAGGGGAGAUAAUCUCAUGUAAAUUAGAGCUAGGCCAGGACCAGACAAACAAGAGACAUUACAAUAUCUCCUUGGAGAUGAUUGACAAGGAUGAGGGUAGCGAGGAUGACUUUGACACAGGGGAUGAGGAAGAAGGUUCAGAACACCCUAUACCUUGUACAUGUGGUGCCUCACGUUGCCAGCUCAUCACUGCCAUUAUGGACAAAUAUGAGUGUGAGCAUGCCCAACUGGAACAGGAAGCAGAACUUGUGGGUGUGUCCGCAGAGAGGGAGGCUGCUAAAGAAAUGAUGAGAGACGAGUUUAGUGUGAGUGAUUCAUGAAAGGAAUGUAAGGUUCAUGAAAGAACCAAGAAAAUUUUGGAAACAACUUUGAGAGUGUCAUCUUCAGCUUCUUUUUCUUCCUGUAUCUUCUCUGAUCUUUGAAAUUCAUGACUCAGCUCCUAAACAUUGUACAACAGUUGCAAUUCAACAUUCAGUCUCAUUACAUUUUAUCUAGGCUUCUGCAAAAUGUUGUGAAUAUUUUGCUUGAUUUUCGAAAAUGAAGGUAAAAAGUAUAUAGCUCACUAGGUCUAAAGGAUCUCAGUCCCCUAGGAAGGAAGGGCGGGCCCUGGGGCAAGGUUGCAAGUGCCCAAUAGUGGAAAUAUAGAAAAUUCUUUAUAAUCCUACCACCGUAGGAAUGAACAGAUAUUGCCCAAAUUUGGUCUGAAGCAUUCUUUGGUGAAGGAGAAUCAGUUUUGUAUAAAAGACAGAUCCUGCCCCCUGGGUUCGGAAGGGGUGGGGCCCAAUUGGGGAAAUGUAAGUUCUUACAAGGAUAUUGUCCAAGUUUGGUCUGGCACAGCUUUCAAGAACAGUGAAUCAGACUUCUGUUUGACCACCAGGACGGAACCCAAUAGGCAAAUUAUUUCUGAAAUUAUGCAUCAGAUUUGAAAUUCUUUGUUAAAUGACUGAAUAGCUGUAUUAGCCAGGUAAGCAAUGCAGGCUUCUUGGGACUCUUGUUUACUGUUUAAAUAGCAAUGAAUGUCUAGAUAACUAAUAAUGGUUACUAAAGAGAUCAUUCUGUUU